CAUUGCCGGGUACUAGGCAAAGUAUUCUCUUACUUUUCUGCAUGGAUACAUUGAGCUUUAUAAGUAUUGAAAGAAAGAAUAUGUAAUUAUAUAACACUUAUCAUGUGAAAUAUAUACUGGUGCAACGAUGGCUGAUGCUCGUUCAAAGCGAACAUAUGCAAAUGUGGUCACUAAUGCAGAUGCCUUUAAUUUGCCUGAUUGGGUCCAGAACCCUUGGAAGAUCGCGACGUUUACAUAUCAACAGAACAAACAUUCGGUUGAGCGUUUUCAAAAUGAAGAAGACGUAUUCAAACUUCAAUUUCUCUUUACAAAGCGGUACACUGAAAUGGCAAAUUAUGGGCUUAAAAAUAAAGUAGUUUUUAAAUUUAUAGAUGCAGGUUUUAUUUCUAUUCAAUUACAAACGAAUGAUUUCGACCCAAAGACAUUUCGUGACGUAAUUAAAGCUUAUUUAAAAGAUGUAGUUGUAUUCAAUAUUAUUUUGAAUUCUGAAGAGGCCGAAUCUAUUCUGAUACCUGGAAAGCCACCAGUCUCAGUUAGUUGUAACAAUGCCACGCUAAUAGGAGAUAAACAAACAUGUGUUUGCAUUGCUGUUAAGGAUCGUUAUAUAAAUGAUCUUCUUGAAUAUAUAAAUUUCACAUACAUCGACCGAGUUGAUGUAACUGCGGCCCAAGAAAACCUAAAAAAUUUAGGUAUUGAACAAGAGGUUUCUUUUAUGCAUCACAAAUUAAAACGCAUAGAGGUGGACAUGAAGUCGCAGAUGUGCACAUUUUUUUGGCGAGGAGGUCGUCAACAAAAUGGCAAGGACCUGAUUCGAAAGUUUCUUGAGAAUUGCAAGGCAUCAGUUAUUGAGUUCAAUACUAGAGGUAUUUCGUGGACAAAGCAUGCAUUUCCUCUUAUUUUUCCAAACCAAGAUGUUAAGAACUCAACCUUCGUCGAAUACAUAAACAGAAAAUGUGUGGCAAGGUUUCGAGAUUCUCCUCUUUUCAGUCUUAUCGGAGAUACUGAUGGGCAUGUUGUUUUGAUCCAACAACGUUCAAGAAAUCCUGAUUUAGAAAUAUUGAUUCGGAAUUCCUUGUGUUUUCACAAAACAAGACGAAACGUUUUUGAAACAGACGCGUUUAAGCAACUGCUCGAACAUAAAACACAGAGACUGUGGUUUGACAUAGAAAAUGAGUUUGUAGUUUGCACUGAUAACUUGGACGAAUCAGUUUCAUAUCUUAUUACUAAUUUAGAUCUCUCAAACAAAAGGUUAGUGAGAAGUGAAUUACUACCCGUCUACUUAAAAACCUUCCAUGGGGAUCUAAUUCAAAGAUGCAAAACAAAGUUCAAUGUUGAUGUGAACAUGUUCGACACAACCGUAGUGUUAGAAGGAAAUAACCAUACCCAGUUCGAUGAAUGCGCUCAUUUCUUGAAUGACGCCACAAAAGACGGACAUGGGAUGAUUGUCAUACCGCAGAGUUUAUUAAAGCCCUGCAUCAGCAAAUUAUCAAAUAUUCUAUCACCGGAUGGUUGUUGUUGGGGAUUGUUUGCAAGGGACAAAACUGAAGAUAGGAAACUGCAGUCAACAGAGUUGCAGGACCUAUACGGGUCAUUCAUUUUCCAUGUCAAAGAUAUAGAAUCAGACAUGGCGAUAGACACAGAUCUGCAUGUGGAGCUGACUGAUGAAAGAUUGAUUCCACUUGAUGUCAAGUUUCGUAAUGAAGCACUACAACCAGCUCAUUCAACGUCUCGACUAUGCAAAUCCACUGAUCUAGACGUAAAAAUACAUAUCGGUGGCAUUAUUCAACAAUCGUCACAAGCGCUUCCAAGUAGACACAGAUUCAAAGAGAUUAGGUCGAUAAUUUGCAAAAUAGGCGACAUUUCACAAAAACGUGUUAUUAGAAAGGAUGAACUUCUGAAAUCUUUCUUAACUUUGUUCGCCAUGGCUCAACAAAUGGAAUACAGACGUGUUUGUAUUUCUGCUUCAUUGGAUGGUACAAUAGCUGACGAACUUAACGAAUUCGACAUUGUCAAGCAGUUAGUACUUGCUUGCUUGUCACAGAAUAAUAGGCCUUCAUACCGCAUGACCAUUGACAUUUUUGUCAUACAGAAUGUCACUGGCAAAGUUAGCAGUGAGCUUAAAUCAGUGUUGAUGGAAAAAUGUAUGGCAUAUGUGAUGACACCGCAUUGCUUCUUCCUUGAAGACUCAGAGUUACCGGUCAUCUUGAAAAGUGGGAGAAUCGAAGAUGAAAAAGCAGAUGCGAUCGUUUGUCCAAUUACAACAACUUGUGAAUUUUCCGGUCUUUGUGCGCAAAAAAUAAAAGAAAGGGCAGGGAACGACAUGGUUAAAGAAUGUCGCAAAAAAUAUCCAAUUCGUUUACCGGACUGUUUUGUUGGAUACACAAAUUCGUACAAUAUGAAGUCCAACAACGUCAAAUUUAUAUUCCACAUAAACAUACCGUACUUCAGCAACGAUGGCGAGCACACUAUCAGCACAAUUGUCAAGAAGUGUUUAAAUUUGGCAGAAGAAAAGGCUUGCGUUAGCAUUGCUUUUCCGGCGUUAUGGGUCAACCGACUUGAAUACCCGUGGCGCGAGACGGCGUUCCAGAUGUUUAAGGCAGUUACCGAAUUUAGGAUGGAGAAAUCAAAAACGUCAAUUAAGAAAAUAAAAUUCGUAACAUUUGAACAGGACAUAUCUUUACACCAGGUAUUUCAAAACGAAGAAUACAGAAGGAGUUUUCGAUGCACUACCCAACCAAGAAGAUCUUUAAGAAUUAAUUCUAUUGAUUCUUCUAGUCAUCAAAAAACUCUUGGGAACACCGUUUUAAGGGUCCUGCAACCGAAUCACGCACAAUUCCCACCAUAUGCGGUUGAAUGCAUAUUUGACAAUGGUACAGACAGGUGGAAAAGAAAAAGCGCUUUGGAUGAACCUGCGACCUGGAAUGAUCAAGUUAUUUUUCAGAAAGGAAUUGAAACGAUCCCGACGGAAUUCCAUCGAAUACUGUCUGACGAGGGUGUCACUCAUUUGAUUUGGAAUUUAGUUACAGAUUCAGUGGAUGGAAAUCAAAUAUGCAAGGUUGUCCGGUUAAUGGAAAGGAUGUGCAGUUCUCACACCUUUAGGCACCUGAAGACUGUUGACAUCAUUGUACCUGAUAACUAUGCUGUGGAAAUAUUCAGGGUUCAAACAGAGCUAAUUAACUGGACACCAUUUUACCCGGACGAAUCAGAAUGCGUGUUAGAACUGAUGGCUAAAAGCAAACACGAUUUUGAACAAGCCAGAGGAAGUAUAAUCAAAGUGUUAUAUGGACAUUCACAUGCUAACAACACACAUUCUGUUCAACAAACAGAACAAGAUGUUUCCAAGCGUUCAAAUACUGGAAACCUUCACAAUGAAGUUCCGUCAAAUACUGAAUCGACAUCUGGUGCCUCCUUGAAAGCGUCUCCGGUCGCGCUUGAGAAAAAUCAGGACACACAAAAUACAUCUGCGACAUCUACACUGCACUCGUCGUUUACAGCGGCCUCACAACAACGCGAAAGCAUUGGUAAAGGUAAUGCGAAGCACGUAUCCCCUUUGAAGGAAUCGCCGGAAACUCCUUUGAAGGAAUCGCCGGAAACUGUUGGAUCAAACCAGAUAAACGGUACCACUCCAUUAUCUACCACUAGCAGUUCGUCAUCGUCACUUUCGUCGUCGCUUGGUGGUCAAACUUUCCAGUACAAUAUCGCCGCCUUCAAAGGUUCAGAUAAAUCGAGUUCUUCAUCAAACGUAUUCCGUACAGACAACCAGGAUAAGGUAACGACAAAUGGUACUGAUACUCCCAGCCAGUCCUUUAACGGAUUACCGGCCAAAGGCAUGAAUACAGAUGACGUAUUCGCAACGUCGGUGACGCUGGUCCCAAAAAACGAACAAAAAGUAAAUUCGCAGCCACUUACCGGAAACCUUAGAAUUUUAGAAAGCUCAAUUAAAGAGCAGAGGCUCGAGUAUGAGCAACAUUGCGAAUUAUCGGCAAAUAUCAACCCGGGGAUAAUACAUUUUCUGCAAACCCAGGUAAGCUCAUGGAUAGAUUCCAUGGAAAAACAAUUUGCGGUAAAAAUCACAGGUAUAAAUGAUGAAAACUACAAGGUUUUCGGAACUUACGACGGCGUCGUUGCCUUUGAACAUUAUUUGGAAAAUAAUUUUCCUGGAUAAAUGUUUAAGUUUAAAAAGUGAGUAUAUCGAGAAAAACAAAAAGCAAUCUAGUUCGUUUAGAAACUUAAGCCUUGUGUUGAUUGAUGUACGAUGGUAAUAAUGCUUAUUACAUCAAUGGUCACCUACUCAGAGGAAAACAAAUGUACAACGUUGAGCAGCAAAUAAUAUGUAUACUAUUUCAACACGGUUAUCACCGUGCAAAUAGAUAAUAGAUAUCGCACGUACAAAAUUAACUUAGGUAUACAGGGACGACAAUAUGAUAUAAGUGUGACUGUUGUAAAAAGACGCUUAAUUUGUACAAAGUCCUUUCUGGGAUACGAUGUUCAAUCGUUUGACAAAAUUUAUAACGAAAAGAAAAUAAAAACUUGAUGCAUAUUACCAAUAUUGAUUUACCAUGUGCUUAUUUAUUUGUGUAAUAUAAACAUGUACUAAAAAUGUUUUGCUUCUUUAUAUUAAAUUUUUUUGUUAUACAGAUGUAACGUUUGAUUUGUUUACGGUGCCUAAUAGAGUUUGUAUUUUUUUAUUCUAUGAACAUGUAUGAGUGCAUAUGUUGUGAAAGUGUCUUAUUAACUUUGUGCAGCUUUCCCAAAAAUGUGCGAAGCUCGCAAACUGAACAAAAGUUCGCUAAACUUAUUUUGUUUGUAUAGUAUUAUAAAGGUGAUAAUGGUGACUUUGCUGAGUUUAUGCAACUGGAGCUUCAGUGUGUGUGUUGCGAGGAACAAGAUGUCAAUUGAUACAAACACCUAGUAGUUGUUAUUUUAGGGUUAAAAGAUGCACCUCCUCAAAUGCGUUGUAUUUAUUUAUUUGAGCUUGUAUAUGUUCAUGAUGUUCAUGAAAUUUAAAAAUUAUGACAGAACAAUGUUUAGUUUUGUAGUGUUUAAUAAUUGAUAUUGUUUUGUUGUUUUUCCUGUUUUAUAUCAUGAUGUAUAUUUUAAAUACGUUUUCAAGAUAUAAUUUGCUGCAUUACGAAACAAAUCGUGGAUGCUUAUCGUUCACGAAUUGAACAACUGACAUAAACACAUCUCGAUUGCCUAUCAUAUGUCGUGUUUGGCUACAUUCCCAUGAUCACGAUUUGCGUCAUGAUUGUAGUCGUUAUCGUGCAGGUAUCGCGGUGAUCCUAUUAGACCGUAUCAGAAAUUAAGUCUAUCUCGUCAAUUGGUUUAAUUGUGCAAAUUUUUGGAGGCUUCAAAACAUGUAUAAUCACAUUAAUCUACGCUGAAUUGUUAUUCGGAUUACCUAUUAUAUCGCAUUAAAUCAUGUUGUUUCGUAAUAAAAGCACAUUCAAAUUUAUUCAUUCGCGAUUUCACAUGGUGUUGAUCGCAUUUGAUCUUAAAACUUUGCAAAAAUAAAUGCUAAGGUUGGUACGAUAUUUUCCAAUGUCAGAACUAAAUGGAUUCGACAGUAUUUUGCGCGGUUUUUAUAUCAUUUGCGAUGAUAUAAAAUAUCAAUAUUCCACGAUUAGAUUUUCAAUUACUUUCGGAUAUUUAAAUAAGUACGUUCUAUAAUGAGGUGAUACGCUUGCUCCGUUUGCUUUUUUUAAAGAAUCAGUGCGAUUCGUAAAGAUAUGAUUAUUUUGUAAUUUCGCAUUUUUUAUAACUUUAGCAACGUUUUUCUUUUCCUCUGUCUAUUUUCUGAUUAGUAUUCGUAUUGCUAUGCAAACGCCUGCAUUGACCGCAUAGUAUUCACCGUGUUUAAUUUACACAGAGUGUAUUGCUUCGGAAGAGUUUAAUACAUAUGUUAAACAAAUAUUAUCCUUAACAUUAAGUGUUUCUUCCAAUAAAGUUAUUUGGAAAGUUCGUCCGAGUUUUAUGUCACGAACAAUUGUGGCUUCAAGCAUAAGGCGUUAGUAAUCGGUGAAGUCGGUAAAUUGAAUCGAGGAAGUUAACUAUCACGCGUCCCUUAGACACAACCAAAUCGCUAAGUUCUAGUUAUAGGCUGUAAUUUAUCGCGAUCCCUUUUAUGUCGAAGUACGAGUAUUAACUUUUGGUGACUGUCUUUAAGGAUGAAAACGAUGUCUUUAAGGAUGAAAACGAUGUCUUUAAGGAUGAAAACGAUGUGAUGGUCUCAAUAUACACAUAUCUUAGUACAUCGUGAUUAAAUGUAUGCAAUCCUCUUCCUGUUAAUUAUUAUAUUGAACACUAUAAACACCGACGUCACGAUUCUACUUUAAGAUAAGAUUUGGAAAUAUCUGAUACAUUUCUAACGAUUAUUUGAUUAUGUUUAUUGCUAUUGUAAUGGAGCCGAGAAAUAGCGUGUAUUUGUUAGGCAUAACCUAUACCAUUCUGUUUUACGAUUUUUAGAAGGUUCAUCAAUAUGACCUAAAACGUUUAUGUUUGUUUUACUCUCUACCAAAUGCACGAGCAGUAUAUGUGUUUGACUCAAUCGGCUAUGUAAUCCCUUUAAAAACAAAACAUUGACUUCAUGGAUUAAAAUAUUUACAGUAAUGGUAAUUUUAUUUUUUAUUAAAUAUAAUUUUCAUUUUAUUUUUUUAUAAGAUAUAAUUAUCAUAUAAACUCAUAAUGUUAUAAUAAUCAUAUUAGAAUAGCAAAUGGUUACCUAGAACAAAAGCAAUAAGUACAUGUUUUUACACUUGUCUUUACCUUCAGCAAGAAAAUACUUCAUAAGCAAAUUCUUAUUAACAAAAACGAAACAAAACAUAUAUUUCGGUUGAGGUUAACGACCUAUAAAUAUAAGGGAAUUCGGUUCAGCAAAACACAUCCCCAGUUCCAAGAAUAUAAAUCUGGGUGAAAGAACAGUACGCAAACGUGAUCGCAGGUCACUUAUUCAGCACCUAUCAAUUAUAACAAUCUAUUAAUACCAGUUAAUUGGUCACUAAAUCACCAGAAAAAUAUAUACAUAGGAACUUACCAAAAAAUAGGAGAAAUCGAUUAAUAACAGUUAGCACUUUUAUGGAAAACUAUCUUACGGACUUUCCGGAGAUAGCCGAUCUAUCACGAUCAAAAGUUACACCCAGUUUCUAUGAUUAGUAUUUAAGCUGCGCGCAGAGCCGUAUUUUUCUGUCUCGCUUUACAGGUAUGAUUCUUAUAUGUAUUUACAUUAUGGAUAUUCAUUUGUUGUUUGUAUUAUUUUACAUAGUGCGGUUAUUUAUUGUUAAUUACUGAUGUUAGUUGUAUUUGGAUGUUAUUGUUAUAAUUCAUAACAUUAUAUUGUUAACUCUACAUGACUAUUCUGUAUGAAAAGAAUUACGUAGAAUUUAUAAUAACUGGACCGCAAACUGAUAAAACAUAACAUAUAUAAAAAAAAAUCAGAUAUAUGCUUAUUAUUGUUAGUUACUGAAAUCCUAUGUUUCCGAAAAUAAGUGUAGAAGUAUUUUAUUUCAAAUGCUAUUUGACAUGCUGUUAUAAACUGUGCAUGUAGAUUCACAUGUUUACUAUUUGAAAAUAUUAUAAUAUUUUUCUGUCUCCCUUUACAGAAAUUAAAUUGAACUG